AGUGCGCGGAGAGAGAGUGUGUUUUCAGCGAUGCGGAGAGGAAACGGAUUCUCUGUGGUUUGGCACGGGCUUUCCUGCGCCCUGUUUUUGCUCUGUUUCGGGAUGCCGGUCAAGGCGGACAUAAGUUGCCGGUUUUGUCAGCCGGUGGGAAAGGGGCGCCCGAGGCAGCUUGUGCUCAACAUGGACGCUUCUCUUACUGCAACAGGCGAACUUGGUGGACACGGACAUGCUUUCGGCGUUGAGUACAACCGCGCGCCUGCGCCCGAGGCUGAAUGGUUGAGUUUAUCCAGGCGCAAACGGAAUACUCGUGCGCAAGAGCCGCUGGAGACAGCGCGCAGCAGCCGCAACGGAGCGCCACGAAAAGCCUCCACGCGCAGCGCGCGCCCCGGUGCCAUCCUAAUGACACUGCUGAAGGAAGAGCGCGCGCGCAGAAUGCGCAGGGACUCCCCAGCAUCCCGACGGGUUCGAGGUGAAAGAUCACUCAGGUGGAGUAAAGAUGAGUUGCAACUCACCAGCUCGACAUUCGCCCUGAGCGGAGAUUCGGCUCACAACCAAGCCAUGGUGCACUGGUCCGGCCAGAACAGCAGCGUAAUUCUCAUGCUGACCAAGCUGUACGACUUCAACCUUGGCAGUGUCACUGAGAGCUCCCUGUGGAGGUCAACUGACUAUGGAACCACUUAUGAGAAGCUUAAUGAGAAAGUCGGGGUGAAAACCAUACUUAGUUACUUGUACGUCAGCCCAAAUAACAAGCGAAAGAUCAUGCUGCUGACAGACCCGGAGGUGGAGAACAGUCUGCUGAUCAGCACAGAUGAAGGUGCCACGUAUCAGAAAUACCGCCUCGGCUUCUAUGUGCUCAGCCUGCUUUUCCAUCCCGAGCAGGAGGAUUGGAUUCUCGCCUACAGCCACGAUCAGAAGCUUUACAGCUCAGUAGAGUUUGGACGACGAUGGCAGCUUGUUCAUGAAAGGGUUGCGCCGAAUCGAUUCUACUGGUCCAAAAUGGGUCUGGAUAAAGAACCUGGGCUGAUUCACCUAGAGACUACCAUUUCCGAGACACAGGCUCUGUAUAUCACCUGCAAGCUGCAGAACUGUACGGAGGCCAACAAGGGCAAACCUUUCCCCGGCUACAUCGACCCCAAUUCUCUGGUGGUGCAAGACGAGUAUGUGUUUGUGCAGGUGUCAACAGGCGGUCGGCCAAUCUAUUACGUGUCAUCAAGGCGAGACCUGUUCACACCAAUGAAGCUUCCCAAAUAUACACUUCCAAAGGACUUGCAUGUGAUCAGCACGGAUGAAAAUCGGGUGGUGGCAGCGGUUCAGGAGUGGAAUCAGAAUGAUACCUAUAACCUGUAUGUCUCAGAGGCUGGAGGAGUGUACUACACACUCGCCUUGGAGAACGUUAUGAGCAGCAUGGGACCAGAGGGUAACGUCAUGAUUGACCUAUACGAGGUAGCAGGAAUUAAAGGAAUGUUUUUGGCCAACAAGAAAUUAGAUGAUCAAGUGAAGACGUACAUCACAUACAACAAAGGCCGAGACUGGAGACUGCUGCAAGCACCCUCUACUGAUCUACGAGGGAACAGCAUCCACUGCAUGUUGCCAUACUGUUCCCUGCACUUGCAACUCCAUGUGUCGACAAACCCUUAUACGUCUGGAAAUAUUGCCAGCAAAGAAUCAGCACCAGGAAUCAUCGUUGCAUCAGGUUCCAUAGGUGCAGAGCUGACAAGCAAUAACAUUAGCAUAUUCAUCACAUCUGACGCUGGAAACACAUGGAGGCAGAUAUUUGACGAGGAAUUCAGCAUCCUAUACCUGCACCAAGGAGGUGCACUCGUGGCUAUCCAACACACUCCUCUCCCUAUCAGACACUUAUGGUUGAGUUUCGAUGAGGGCCGGGUAUGGAGUAAAUAUAGCUUUACAUCUUUGCCGCUGUUUGUGGACGGAGUUUUGGGCGAGCCAGGGGAAGAGACGCUGAUUAUGACAAUUUUCGGGCAUGUCAGUCAUCGGUCCGAAUGGCAGCUGGUAAAGAUCGACUUCAGGUCUAUUUUUAACAGGCGAUGCACUGAGGCAGACUAUCAGACUUGGCACCUCCAUAACCAGGGUGAGCCUUGCCUCAUGGGUGUGAAGAGAAUCUAUCGGAAGCUGAAGCCAAUGGCCAAGUGUGUCAUGGGUAAGACCCACACGGUCACCGUGACUUCGGAAUCCUGUGAAUGUACGGAGUCUGAUUUUGAAUGUGAUUAUGGCUAUGAACGGAGAACAGAUGGGCGAUGUACACCAGCAUUUUGGUUUCAUCCCUCUUCCAUGUCCAGGAGCUGCAUUACAGGCCACAGUUUCCUGAACAGUACCGGCUACAGAAAGGUGGUGUCUAAUAAUUGCACGGGUGGUGUGGUGGAUCUGUACAUGGCCCGUAGGCGUCCAUGCCCCAGCCAAGCUCCGAAAGGCCUCCACCUGGUCACCAGUGAGGGAAAACUCACAGCCACACUGGGCCACAAUGUCACCUUCCUCGUUUUCCUAGAGCAGGGUGAUGGAUCAAGAACGAGCAUCACGGUGGACUUCGGUGACGGCCACGCCAUCACAUAUUCCAACGUGAGCUCCAUCGAGGAUGGGAUCAAGCACAUCUACAAGACUGUGGGAAUCUACAGAGUGACAGCUACAGCUGAGAACAGCCUGGGGUUCGAGACAGCGGUUCUUUUCUUACAUGUUACAUGUCAGCUGGAGUAUAUCCAUCUCUCUGCACCAUUUGUGGCAGUGAAAAAUAAGGAAGUCAACCUGACAGUGGUUUUAUGGCCGAGCCAAGUGGGAACCGUCACCUACAUCUGGUGGUUUGGGAACAACUCGGAGCCAAUAAUCACACUGGAGGGGAGUGUGGCUUUCACUUUCCCUCGGGAGGGAAUAAAUGUCAUCACUGUGCAGGUGGUAGCCGGGAGCACUAUACAGCAAGACAGGAAAACCAUUGCAGUCCAUGAAUAUUUCAGGUCCCAUCUUUUAGCCUUUUCCUCCAAUCUGGAUGAGCACAACCCUGAUGUGGCAGAAUGGAGACUGGACGUUAGCAGAGUCAUCAAAAACUCCAUGAUUCAUGUGACUGGAGUGAAUCCAGAGCAUCUGUUGGUCACUGUUUUGCCAGGACUGCCCACUGCCGCUGAAUUCUUCCUGCUUCCGGAUAAAGAGCUAACAGAGGGCAAAGCAGACAAAACAGUAAUGCAUUUAGACCAGCUUUCAGAAUUGGUUUUGAAUGCACUGAACCAGAACCAAGUUCAGUUCACAUUAAGACCCGGAGUUCAGAUCACAGUCUACGCUGCACAUUUAUCUGCAGCGCCCCUAGUGGACACUAGUGAGAAUCAUAGCGGCUCAGCCAUGCUCAUGCUUCUGUCAGUGGUGGUACUGGGUUUAGCAGUGUUCCUCAUCUAUAAAUUCAAAAGGAAGAUCCCAGGCCUCCACCUCUAUGCAGCGAUGCAGAACGAAAAAGAGCAAGAAAUGAUCCGGAGCCCAGCGAGCCCGAUGGAGAACGAGCCGAGCAGCAGCUCUCAGAGAGCGCUUCCCAACUUGCCGGAGUCUCUGGACACUGAGCUCCACGUCAACACCAUUGAAUGCAUUAAACCUCAUCCACGUGUCAGAAUCUCAACAGAACCUCCUGUCUAUAUCGACGUCUGACUUUUCCAGACCGCCACUGCAAACGGACAUUGACCAUCCAAUCAUAAAAAGGUUUUAAGCUUUAUACAGUACCUGUGCAUGUUGGACAUUGACACUUUACUGUGCUUUGUGAAUACCAGACAAAAACUGUGUACAGGUUUUUUAUACGUAUGUCUGUCAAAUAAGAACAUUUUUAAUGAUGUUUAUUUAUAAGAAAUGAUCAGAACAUACACAAUCA